GCUGACGGCUGCUCUCCGGCUGGUGGCUGCUCUUCGCUCGGCUGUUGUCCUGAUAUCACUCCGCUAGCAUGGAGGAGGGGAGCGCUUGAUUAUUGUGAUGGUGGCAGCUGCCGUACACACUGGCGACUGUAGGAUUUCCUCUCCAGCCAUCGGGACUUUAACGAACUGCACACCUUGUACGCGCUCGGGGAGGCUUUCGCCGGCCAAACUAAUGAAAUGCAAGUUCACGAAACAACUCCGGAGCCUGUUCGCAGCAGACGGCAAAACUUUUUUCAGAAGGACAACACAAUAAAACGACGGGCUCGCAGCAGCGGUGCUUGUGCGUGAUGGUUGCGAGUAACAUCCGGAUGUUUGAUGGAGCUCCAGUAGCGGCGAGAGAGUAGCAGCCCCGGUCGCCUCCGCGGUCCCGCACUGUUGUCUAUUGAAUGGUUGACACGGCGAUCCUCCCGGAGGAGGGAUUUACGCUCGUUUGAACGCUUCUUUCCUCACUAUUUCACUGUAUCUGGCUCCCUGGCGAAGCGGACUUCUGCCCCGCUUUGGAGAGGGGAGAGAGAGAGAGUCAGGGGGGCUUGACAAAGUUCUUCCCGAAUCACAGAUGAUGGGGGAUUUUGCCAGCCCCGCUGCCGUACCGACCGGCGGCGGCAUUUGCAUUAAUAACAGUAACGUGAACUUAAACUCUGGCAUUAAUGCAGCCAACAGCGGCAGCACCGGCGGCGGUGGUAACAUACCGAAGCACAGCACGGUGGUGGAGCGGCUCCGGCAGCGGAUCGAGGGCUGUCGGCGGCACCACGUCAACUGCGAGAGCCGAUACCAGCAGGCGCACGCCGAGCAGCUGGAGCUGGACCGCCGGGAGACCGUGAGCCUCUACCAGCGGAGUUUAGAGCAGCGGGCCAAGAAAUCCAACAACAGCAAACAGCAAAGCAAGCAACAAGAGCCCGACUCCAGCGCGAGCGCCGAGCAGAGGAACAGCACCCUGAUCGCGCUCCAGGAGACGGUGAAGAGGAAAUUGGACAGUGCCCGGUCUCCUUUAAAUGGUGACCAAAAUGGCCUCACUGAUGGAAGUUACUCCCCCACUACAAAGAGACUGCGUAAGGAAGGAUGCACUGGAAUGGACUCUCUCGGUAGCCUCCCACCCAUUUCCCCUCUUCAUCAAAUGGACAUCAAACCCACCUUGCCCUCGGGCAACAACAGUGCCUCCUCAAACAAUGGAACUGGCAAUGGCAAUGCUGGUACCAACCACAUUACUGGACGACCUGAGGAUUUAGGCAAGAAUGGUGGAAUGCCAGAUAUUAAACUGAAUGGAUCAUUGGAUUUGGACGAUGGCUUUAGCUUACUAAAGGACUUGAAACAAGAACCGUUGGAUGAUGGAGCAGGAAUAGAGUCCUCAGAAACAUCGCUUUCAAAUCAGAACAAGCUCUUCUCUGAUAUCAAUCUGAAUGACCAGGAAUGGCAGGAAUUGAUUGAUGAAUUGGCAAAUACGGUGCCUGAGGAUGACAUGCACGACCUCUUCAAUGAGGACUUUGAGGAGAAGAAGGAGGUGAGUGACUUCACGCGGGUGACAACAGAACAAACGCAGCUUGCACAAGACCCAGCACCUAACUCUGUAGCAACGGCACCCAACAGUGCACCACAACCGCAGAGUGGACAGAUGCCCAUGGGGUCACCUCAGGUGAGGCCAUCUUCCUCUGGUCCCCCGUUUGCAACUGCUGCCAGUGGGACACCACCACAACAACCCUUGCAACAGUCACCAGCAGUUGGAAUGCCAUCAGGAUCACCCGCUAACUGCGUUGCUCGUUCUCCGCAAACUCCCACCCAAGCGCAGACCCAGGCCUCGAGGCCGGGGAAUGGAUUUAUGAUGAAUGCAGGUCCUGCCGUUGGCCCUGUGGGAUCAACUCCAGUAGCAGGAGGUGGCCCUGGAUCAGGCGGAACAGGUGGAGGAGGAGUACCCGUCCCGCCUACCUCUGAACUAUCACCGGCUGAGCAGCUCAAGCAAAUGGCUGCUCAACAGCAACAACGGGCUAAGCUUAUCCAACAGAAACACCAACAGCAGUCCCAAGCAGCGAACUGGUCACCUGCAGGCGCACCUACAAGCCCUUACAGUGGACCCUUUAAUCCAGACAAACCAAAUAGCCCCAUGAUGUAUACGCAGGCUUUCAAUCCUAGCAACACAAUGGGGCCAAAAGCACCAAGCAUUAACAACUACCUCCCACAGAACCAUAUUAACAUGCUCAACCAGCAGCAGCAACAGCAGCAACCUAAUAACUUGGCUGCUCAAAACAGCCACAACAAGCAGCUGUCUUUUAGCAACACCAAGCCGCUGACUCAUUUUAGUGGAGUAGACCAUAUGAAUCAGCGGAUGACGCCACCCAUGGCCAAUCAAGCCAAAAAUCCAAUGAUGCCCUACAUGCAGGGCACUGCAUCGCAAGGGGGUGGGCCACCUCAAGCUCCAGGGCCAAUGCCCAAUCAGACAGCCCAUUUAUCUGAAGAACAGAAGAAGAUGAUGAUAUUAAAGCAAAAAAUGAUGAGUCAAGGCUUGCCGUACCCUAUGCAGCCACAUGUACAGGAAGUAGUUGGACUGCCCCGACAAGCCGGUGGAGUUCAGCCACCACAUGGAGGACCAGGAGGUGUGGCCCCAGCAGGGCCUAAUGGGGCGGGGCCUGGCGGUUAUCUGCCCAAUCAACAGCAGCAACAGCAGGCGGCCAUGAUGAAGCAGAUGAUGGCCAUGGAGCAGGAGAAGAGGGUCCAGAUUCAUCUGAUGGAGCAGCAGAAAGCACAGCUAAUGAGAGAACAGAGACAGCAGCAGCAGCAGCAACACAUGCUGGCAGAACAGUUACAACAGCAGCAGCAUCUCCCCAGACAGAUGACUCAGGCACAGAGGAAUCCAUACCCGCUCCAGCAGUUUCAAGGCACGUCCCAGGAGAUGGCAGCCAGGAACCAGACGCUGCAGAACAUGCGUACCGCUCGACUCAUGCAGCAACAGCAGCAGCAGAACCCGGGGAUGAUGCAGAUGACGCCCGUCCAGAACGCCGCCGCCAUGCCUACGCAGGGUGACAUGAGCAUGGCGUACGGAGGCCAGGCUGGUGCACAGACUGGCAUGUACCAGGGGAUGAACCCAAACAUGGGUCAGAUGCUCCAGCAGCAACAGCAGCACCAUCCCAACCAGGCAAGCAUGGCGAUGGCACAGAGACAAGCAGGCGCCGGUGGACAGGGGAUGGUCGGGGCUGGUGCAGGAGCCGGGUACGGGCAGGCGAUGCUCAUGAACCCCAACCUCUCACAGCAGCAACUAAAAUCAGCCGGUGUCGCCCCUGGUGGGCAACCGAUGGCCAAAGCGCAAGUUCAGAGACUGCAGAGUAUGAUGGGAGGCGGAGGACAAGCGUGGCCGCAGCAGCAGCAAAACAUGCAGGCUAUGGCCGGAAGGACUUCAAACGACAUGGUGGCGUUUAACAGUAACCCUGCGUACGCCAUGCAAGGUGGUCAGCCUCCUCGGAUGGCCAAGCAGCAUUUCGCACAGGCGAUGGGCGGACAGACUAUGGUGGACCCACGCUCGAUUAACCCUGCAGCGAUGGGUGGGCCGAUGAUGCCGCACAUGGCAGGGCAACCAAGGACAAACCAGCCGCGGGGUAUGGUGAUGCCUGGAAUGAACCAGGGAGUGCCCAACAUGGCCGCUUUCGGACAAGGCCCUGCUCAGGGCAUGCCAGGGGCAUCGGGAGGGGGUGGGCCGUACAUGCCAGGCGGUCAGCCUCAGGGCUACCAGAGGACGUCCAAUCAGGAACUGGCAUACGGUUACGGCAGCCAAUCAGGGGCUGGGGCUGGGGUUUCGUUCGGCCUGUCGGAUGGGACAGAUUUGGAUUCAACGGAAGGUUGGAUGGAGGAGUUUUUCCCCAACCAAUAGCCUAGGGGGGUUUUGUUUUUUAACAGGACAGUUUUAUGAAAAUGUGAUUCGUUUUAUUGUUUUAUUUUUUAUUACAUGGUCGACAAAUCUAAGAUAUAUAUUACAUGUUGUGUAUUACAUGUGUGUGCUGUCACAAUAUUUAAACCAAUUCCUCUCUGUUUGGGUUGACUCUCGAGUAUAGAUCCGCUGUUCUGCAUUUUAAAGUUUGGUUUUUUUAAUACCCUUUGGAUUUGAUCCAUUUCUGUCUCUCUUUUUUUUUCUCAUGUCCUUUAUGCUGGACUAAGGGCAAGAGGCACUGAAAACCUGCAAAAUGACAUUGGGAAAGAUUUUCGAUGCAAUGUUUUUAUGUAUUUAGUUGACCCUUAUUCUGACAUCCUGUUCAUGUAUUAAAGAUCGUGUGAAAAUUUGA